CCCCUCCCCAUCCGCAUCCUCCUCCUCCUCCUCCUCCUCCUGUACCCUCUCCCUCUGUCCUCUCACCAAGUCCUUCCCUCCUCAUCUCUCUCCCAACCCUCUGACUGGCUUUCUCGGGCUCCCUUUCUCGGAUUCCCCCCCCUCCCCAGUCUCUCCCCGUGUCCCCAGUCUCAUCUAACUCCCUUUUGCUCGCCUGUCCUUCGGUCUGACUCCCCAGCCCCAUCCCGUCCCCGCCCUGUCCCCUUUGUGCCCCUUUCUCUCUCUCUCUCCUUGCCUGGCCUGGCAUCCUUCUCCACCCCUAACUCCCUUCAGCUCGGCCUCCCUGUCCCUUCGCGGCCACUCGCUCGCUCGUCUCCCUGCCGGAGGCCCGAGCCACCAUGCUGACCCCCAUGGUGGCUGGGGUGGUGUUCCCCGGACUCUUCCUCCUCUCCAAGAACACGCUCCAGCGGCUGCCCCAGCUGCGCUGGGAGGAGGCCGACGCGGUCAUUGUCUCCGCCAGGCUCGUGUCCUCCGUCCAAGCCGUCAUGGCCUCCACAGCUGGCUACAUUGUUUCCACCUCCUGCAAGCACAUCAUUGAUGACCAACACUGGCUUUCCUCUGCUUAUACGCAAUUUGCUGUGCCCUACUUCAUCUAUGACAUCUAUGCCAUGUUCCUCUGUCACUGGCACAAGCACCAGGUCAAGGGCAUGGAGGGGACGAAGGGGGCCCAGAGCCCGGGGAGCAUCUGGGCCGUGGCGCGAGGCUACCUGCACAAGGAGUUCCUCAUGGUGCUCCACCACGCCGUCAUGGUGCUCGUGUGCUUCCCGCUGUCGGUGGUGUGGCGUCAAGGCAAAGGAGAUUUCUUUCUAGGCUGCUUGCUGAUGGCAGAGGUCAGCACCCCCUUUGUCUGCCUUGGCAAGAUCCUCAUCCAGUACAAGCAGCAGCACACGCUGCUGCACAAGGUGAACGGGGCCCUGAUGCUGCUCAGCUUCCUCUGCUGCCGGGUGCUGCUCUUCCCCUACCUGUACUGGGCCUACGGGCGGCACGCGGGCCUGCCCCUACUCGCCGUGCCGCUCGCCAUCCCGGCCCACGUCAACCUGGGCGCCGCGCUGCUGCUCGCCCCGCAGCUCUACUGGUUCUUCCUCAUCUGCCGCGGGGCCUGCCGCCUCUUCCGGCCCCGGGGCUCCCGGCCGCCCUCUCCCUGUCAGACCCAGGACUGAGGGUGGGG